UUAGCAUUUAGCACUAUCGAACAUGCCGCGGCCGCCGCGCGAUUCCUACGGCGACCAGAAGCCCCCGUACUCGUACAUCUCCCUGACGGCGAUGGCGAUCUGGAGCUCCCCGGAGCGCAUGUUGCCGCUGUCUGAGAUCUACCGGUUCAUCACGGACCGCUUCCCGUAUUACCGGCGCAACACGCAGCGCUGGCAGAACUCGCUGCGACACAACCUCUCCUUCAACGACUGCUUCGUGAAGGUGCCGCGCCGCCCGGACCGGCCCGGCAAGGGCGCCUACUGGACGCUGCACCCGCAGGCCUUCGACAUGUUCGAGAACGGCUCGCUGCUCAGGAGGCGCAAGAGGUUCAAGUUGCAGAAAGGCGAAAAAGACAAUUUGAACGCUGAAUUGGCAGCCCUUGCAAGUUUCAACAGAGCAUUUCUGGCAAGGCAGGCGGGCGCACCGCCUCCACCACCAAGUAUGCCGUCGGGCGGCUUGUACACACCGCCGCUUUGUCCACAAUUGAGUCCUGAGCCGGCGGAGCUACCCGAGCCGGCAGCCAUGACGAUGCUGCCGCAGCGGCCGCGUCGCGCGUUCACCAUCGAGGCGCUGCUGGAGCCGGACUCGCCGCGGCUGUCGCCGUCGCCGCCCACGCCCGUGCUGGUGCCGGUGCCGCGGCUGGAGCUGUCGUACGUGGCGGCGGCGCAGCGCUACCACGCCGAGCUGCUGGCGGCGGCGCACGCGCUGCGCCCCUGCUACCUGCCGCCGCCGCCGCUGCCCGUCGCGUGACCCCGCGCGCACUCUAGCUGUCCCAAUGUUUCGUGCAAUGUUAGAUUGUAAGUACACUACUAGUAUUCAUAAUGUUGUAUAGUGUUUUAAUUUUUAUGUGACCAGUUCGUUUCGUAGUUUAUAAUUGUUACAGUUUUAGCGUCGACAUUUGUAGCUAAGUUAGGCCGAUAGUAUAUAACGGUGUCCUGGAUUUCAAAAAGCCGCUAAGUAGGGACGUGUUGUAAUGGCUACAAUGCAUUUAGUAUUAUAACUAUUUAUUACGAGUUACAUCGAGGCUAAUAAUAAUUGGCCUACUAUUAACAUUCUGCGUAUGAUUUAUCUCACGUGGAACGUAUCAUCAAGUGAUCUCACUUAUAAGAUUUAUGUAACUAUUGAUUAGGUGAAUUAGAUGUGAAUAACAGAUAAGUUUAUGUACUGCUGUGAGGAAAUAUCGUGUGAAAACAAACAAAUUAGAAAAAUACACUAGAAGUUAAGUAUAUAAAACAAUGACAACCGAGUGUUACAAUGACAAAUAAUAUUAUGUUAACAUGUUUAUUUACAAUAGAUGUUCACACUUUUUAUACACUCAAAUGAAUAUUCGUAGUAAAUGUAAAUAUAUAUUGUUGUAUUAUACGUAGCGAGAGUAGCUUAAGAUUGUUAUUUAUUUUAGUGAUGAGAACUGAGUAUUUCAUUUCCUGUUUAUAGUGUAGAUCUAUGUGUAAAUAUUGUUUAAAUUGUUAUAACUAUUGAGUAGGAUCGAAUAUUAAAUGGAAUU